GCCAAAUCCCAAACUCCGAGGAUGUGGAAUCUGCUGUCUCAGCUAGGCAGCCCUCACUCUCUACAAAUGCAAUCUGUCCAUAAGCAGGCAAUUUUGGGGCCCUUUUUGAAGACCUCUGGAUCCUCUUUAUUAAUGAGGCGUCGUCACUGAAAAGUCGCUGGGCUGGCUGGGGCUGCAUAGUGUCCUGCUAUACUGCCUCAAGGGAGCUCUAAUGCUGUGGAUGCACCCGAAACAAUCCCAUCCCUGAACAUGAGUAAGUGCCUUAAAGCCUGCUUGCAGCGAUGAAUGAUGUAGGCGUGUGGCCAUUUUAUCCAGGACCCUGUCCUGAGGACUGUCCUGUUUAGUUGAAAUUACUCAGUGAGAUGGAAUAUUACCGACUGUUAGCACUGCAGAAUUGGGCCCCCAUGUCUCAGGAGCCACUUUCAGUUAGAGGUUGGCCAAAAUCAACGGACUUGCAUCUGUUUACUGUAGCUGAGUGUUUGUCUCCUAAGCUUUUCCCUGAUGUACUGCCUCUUCAUCGCAUGAAUAUGGAUUGUGCCAGAACUUUUCCCAUCCUUUAGCAUUGAGAUUUUAGUGGUGGGUGUGGGGUUUUGGUGAGCAUUUUUGUCAUUUAGAUUAUGCGGGUAAGCCCUCCAGAGAUGGAUUCUUUAAGAAUCUGGUCUCUCUUUCUGUCUUUUCUUGAGAUGAGUGGAUGCUGUGUUCUGCAGCAGAUGGCACCAUUGUUUGCGUUUGGAGGUUAGUUUUACUUUAUACAAAAUUCCUUCAAACUGUCUUGGUUGCCAAGAAAAGAGUCAUCUCAGCUCACUAAUGAAUCCAGCAUACCGUGAUAGUUCUUUGCACUCCUAAAACCCUACAUUUGAAUAUACUCUGGUACCUUUUAGUGAACUGUUACUUCUUUCCCUCAGGGGAAGCAUCAUCCUUAAGAUUCUGUAUUCACAUACACAUCAUUGACACUGCUGGUUGCACAUUGAAUAUGGGCUUAAAGAGAAGCAGUAACUCUGCAGUGGCCCCUCAACUGGUGCAUCAGGAUGGCAGAAUUUUUCUAAAUGAAGGAAAGUUAAGGAUGGGUUUCAGCCUAAUGAGACUCCCUUGCACUGUUCAGGGAGAAUUUUUGUUCUGCGCGGGCAGUCAUUUGCUGAUCACUAGUGGAGGGAUGAAGAGGGUUGGUAACUAUCUGUUUCAUUAAAUACUAUGGCUGAACUGAACUUAGGCUGACUGCAAACCACUGUGAAAUAACUUUCAUACUGAUUUUGGCUAAAGUAAAUUGUUUUUGUCUGCUAAUUACAUGGCCCUUAUCACUGUAAAUAUCUGAGUUUCUUAUAAUCUUUACCAUCAUUUUUCUCAUUUCAUUCUUUCUGAGGUAAGCAAAGACUGCCUUGAAACACCAGCCCCUCACCUGGGGACUGGGGAAGAGGGGCCGAAGCAGCAAGGAGAAUCAGAGACAGUGUUCAUAGCUUCAAAAGAAGACGUGGGAGAUGGUCCCAACCCUGAACCAGCUCUAGACUACGGAGUGACUUACGGCUGGGAAGGAAUCCCUCCAGAAAUUCACAGAACUGUUUUCUAACCUCCCCGUGAAAUCUUCUCCUGCCCUGAUCCUCUACAAUGCUGCUGUCUCUCUCGCCUUCGAUGAGCGCUACGUUUUGCCAGAACAUUUUACCCUUUCUGCAAAGUGUGCAGUGGAGUUCAACGUUCCCCCUAAAAUCCAGGCAGCUGUCUCAUCCCUUGAAGAUUACAGAAGAUUGUGGCUGUUCUAAUGGGUCCUCUGAAGAGUCAGAGCAAAUAAAGGAAGCUAAUGGAAAAGCAGGGAGUCGUGAAGAGAUGUCUUUCCUUAGACAAAUGUCAGAUGAUGCUGUCUUCCUGUCUGUCCUUCAAAGCUCAAUGGCACCCGGAAAGAAGUUACAGGGUCUUGUAGCAGCUACAAUCACUCCAAUGACUCCUGAUGGACAAAUUAACCUUUCGGUGAUUCAUCAGUAUGUGGAUUAUUUGGCCUCAGCAAGUGUGUUGUGUUGUAUUGAAACAGUGAAUGGCACAACAGGAGAAGGCUUGGCCCUUAGUGUCCAGGAGAGGAAGCAGCUGGCUGAAGAAUGGGUGCGCCAGGGAAAAGACAAAUUGGAUCACGUGAUCAUUCAUGUGGGAGCGCUAAGUCUACCGGAGUCCCAAGAGCUGGCAAGACAUGCAGCAGCCAUAGGUGCUAGUGGUAUUGCUGUAAUAGCCCCCUUCUUCUUCAAACCCACAAACAAAGAUGAACUGAUAACUUUCUUACGGGAAGUUGCAUCUGAAGCCCCAGCGGUUCCAUUUUAUUACUAUCACAUUCCUCCUCUGACAGGUGUAAAGAGAGGAAACAGGGAAGUCUCACAGGACAGGGAUAUGUUUCUUCAUGGGGGCUUGCUCUUCUGCACAGUUCGUGUUGAAGAGCUGCUGGAUGGGAUAAAAGAGCAGAUCCCCACCUUCCAGGGUGUGAAGUUCAGCGACACAGACCUCUUGGACCUUGCACAGUGUAUAAACAAGAAUGGUGGAGAAGAGUUUGUAUUUCUUUAUGGGGUGGAUGAGCAACUGCUGAGUGCACUGGCAAUAGGGGCAAAUGGAGCAGUUGGAAGUACGUACAACUAUUUGGGCCAAAAAAACAAUAUGAUGUUGCAAGCUUUUGCACAGCAUGACCUUGCAUUAGCUCGGAAGUAUCAGUUUCUCACUGGUGAAUUUCUCAACUUUGUCAUGAAGCUAGGUUUUGGUGUUGCUCAGACUAAAGCUAUAAUGACUUCUGUUUCUGGCAUUCCAAUGGGACCUCCACGGUUUCCACUUGUUAAGGCCUCAGAGGAGUUCAUCACCAAGGCCAAAGCCAAGCUGGAUAGCAUUGUCUGGCCUACCAGCUGAUUUCACUUCCAUGUGGAUUUUUCACAUGGAUAGUGAAUCCCUUUUCUGUGUUUCACUAUCACUUGGCACACACCCCAUGUGACAGGCUGUGAUUUGGCUAUGACUUUUUUCAGGGAGUUUGCAGGGUGCCUGAGCCCCUUCCUGUUAGGGCUGGUCUUGUUGGUAUGCGUUUCAUUUAACCUUUCCUAACUCCUCUGGAUUCCUGCACAUUCCAGGAUGAGCUGUUAUCUUUAGAAUAGGCAAAAUUUCCCCAGUAGAAGGGUCCUGACCCCUUUUGUGUAGAAAACAAGAAGAUCUAUCUCUGCCCUCUGCUACUCCCUCCAGCUGGACCAUGCUUUGCCCCUCCCCCCAGCAUUUCCAGCACUGGUAUGACAGUCUCGUUGCUCAGACUAGUAUUUUACUGUUUGUCAUGAAGUCCUAGUCCAUUAUCAGCAAUAAGUAAGGAAUCUGUUAGGUUGGUGCACUGUCUAUUCAUGUAAAAUCCUGUUUUUAUCCUUUCUCAUUGUCUUUCUACAACUUCACUUAAUGCAAAAUUUUAAAAACUUCUAUAAUUAAGAGCUUUUGGCUUACUAAUGAAUGGAUAUUUCUCCAUCUUUCUCCUUGCAACAAAACUGAAGCUGGAAUUGAACUGUAAGUCUCUGUAUGUAAAUACAAUGCAAAAUAUACUGUAUUACAUUAUUAGGAGGUCACCUGUGAUCAUAGUAAGAGGUCUUCUUUUGCACCCCAGACUUGUCCCUCUCCUCUGAUCGUAACCCUUCUCUUCUGAGAGUAUUUGUAUUUUGCAAAUGUAAGAUCCCAUGCCUCUAUUGCCCGGGCUGUAAGUUCUGACAGCAUUCUCUCAUGCAAAAAUGAUAGCACACAGUACAAGGAUAUUUGGAAGGGGAGAAGAGAUAGAACUAGAUCUCCACAUUUCCCUAAACUUUUCAUAAUCCAGGCUGUGAAAUAUUCUACUACUUUCCUCCUACUUUGUAAUUACUUAACACUUAACAAGAAAUAUUGUCAGGUUUCCUCUGUUUCCCCCCCUACCCCUCUGAAUUUAAGAAAUUUAGGGAAGAUUUUCUCACUUCAGACAUGGGAAGAAAGCUAAAUCAGCCGUGGGUGCUGCAUAUCCUUUUGGUAGUUCACUGUGUAAGUGUACUUAGACAAAAGUAGAUGGGGUCUGCAAGAGAGAAGCAUAGGAAAACACCACAGCUGUGAAUGUGAAAUGAACUGAUUGUUAAACUCAUUUCUAACAGAAACUACUAUAUAUCUUUAUUGUAAUUCCAGUGCUGCAACUUACUGAUUAUUUUAGUACAUGGCACAUGGAAGUAAAUGGCACCUAGAUAAGGCAUCUUUAAAUUAUUAUUUUCUAACAGAUCCAGAUUAUUUUGGUUCAAUAAUUUUUAUACUUGUGUCUGUUUCUAUCAAAUCUUAAACCCUUUAGUUACAUUUUGACUCACUUCUGUAUUCAAUAUUGAUUAUAAAACAUUAAAUA